AUGUCGUUCACAAGAUCACUUCCCCUGCUGGCCCUCGCUGCCACCGUGGCCAACGCCUGUCCCAAAUUGCAAAAACGACAAGGCGUAAAUGCCACUCUCCCCGAAGACCCUCGCUUCUGGGCCUACGAAGCAAGUUACGAUUGGGGAAGACUAGACCCAGAGUGGGUCCUCUGCCAAGCCGGCACCCAACAAUCCCCCAUCCCCCUCCGCCUCGACCAAGGCCUCUCCCGCGCCCACAUCCCAACCUUCUCCUACCCCUCCAAUGUCACCGGAAACUUCUCCAACUGGGGCUACGGCCCCUCUUAUACCCUCUCCCUCGGCCCCAACGACUCUUACACCACCCUCCCCUCACUGACCUUCCCGGAGGAGGCGAACGAUCACUCCACGAACGAAACUGUUUAUCUCGCGAGUUGGCACAUUCACGCUCCGGCGGAUCAUACUGUACAAGGGGAUCGCUCGAAAGCGGAGUUACAUUUGGUCCAUGCGGAUGCUGAAGGACAUGAACGUGCGGUUUUUGCGAUUAGGAUUGAUCCGGGGAAUGCUGAAAGCAGAUUUUUUGCGCAGUUGCCGGGGAUGGUGGGGUUUAAUAAUACGGAUGUGAGGGAGACGGAGGUUACGAUGGAUUUGAAUUUGGCGUUGGAUGAGGUUUUGCGGUUUGCGGAGUUUUGGACUUAUAAGGGUUCUCUGACGAGCCCGCCUUGCACGGAGGGAUUGAGGUGGUUUGUUGCGAGGAAUGUGUUGUUUGUGUCUGAUGAGCAGAUGCAGGAUAUUUUGAGGGUUAGUACUUUCUCUGCGCGGACGGAGCAGGAGGUUUGGAGGCAUGAUAUCAAUAUUUGA